AUUCUUGGUCACAGAAAAACAUAAAAAUAAAUAAAUAAAUCAGUGUUUCUGAGGUUUGAACGAAUUAUUUGUAUUUAUAUUAUCUUAAAUGAGAAAAAUUGAUUCAUGUUGCAAACUUUUCGUGUCACGAAAAGGAUCUGGAAGCUGCUCUACAGUCCACAAACGAAUUAAGUUUGUGAGCCGAGGUGUCCACCCAAGAAAGAUUGCCAAACCCAGUCCCACAGCGAGCGACAUAUUGGCAGCAAUUCAAGCUCUCCACGUACGAUUUGAUAAGCAAGAUGACAAAAUGGCGGACAUUAACAACAAAUUAUCGGAGAAUGCCUCGUUGAUUGCCAGUCUUGCUGAAUCCAUCGAAUUCAAUGCUGCCGAAGUCCGGAAUUGUAAUGGUAAAAUCGCGGGCUUGGAGAAGGAAGUCUCUACCUUGCGGAGAGAAGUUGGAGAACUCAAAGAAAAGGCAAGAGAACGAGACCGGUAUUCACGAAGGUGGAAUCUAAGGAUCAAAGGAAUGAAGGAAAGCAUGGGCGAAGAUACCAGAAAAGAGGUGAUCAAAAUUCUUGCCAAGAUCGCCCCAGAAUGGUCAAAUAAUAUGGAGAACAAUGUGGAUACUGUGCAUCGGAUUAGGAGAAAAGAAGAGGGCAGAAAUCGUCAAGUCAUAAUUCAGUUUACAAAACGCCUACACCGAGACGGUAUAUGGAAGAAGUCUAAAAAUGCUCAAAUCUGUGAGAGUGAAAAAAUCCGUUUUGCCGAGGACCUGUCGGUGGAGGAUCAUCUGGAGAGGGAGAAAGUUUGGCCAAAGAUUUUACAAGCCAGAAAUGCGGGGGAGAAAGCUUACUACAGAGGAGCUGUCGGUUAUAUUGAUGGCCGUCGCGUUCUGGCGGAUGGUUGAAUAGUAUUCGCUCCUGUUUGUUCCUUAU